AUGCCGCCCAAAAAAGGAUCUGAUCAGCCGAAGAAGACGAGGGCUACGGUGGAAGAUAAGAAAAAAGGAGGCAACGCAAAAAAACAAAUAGCCCAGCUUCAAGCACAAGCCCAAUCAAACAAGAACGCGGAUGAGAAAAGGAAAGAAGCACAACGACUUCAACGCGAGAAAGAUAAAGCUGCUGCUGAGCAAGCUAAACGGGAAGCUGCGGAACUCUUUAAGCCCGUUCAAGUCCAAAAAGUUCCAUUUGGUGUUGACCCCAAAACCGUCCUCUGUGUUUUCUUCAAGAAGGGCAGCUGUGAAAAGGGCAAACGAUGCAAGUUCAGCCACGACCCAGCUGUAGAGCGAAAGGCACAGAAGAAGGAUCUCUAUUCCGAUAGCAGAGAUGCGGAAGAGGAAAAGAAACAGGAUUUGAUGGAUAAUUGGGAUGAAGAGAAAUUGCGGAAGGUCGUGUUGAGCAAACAUGGUAACCCAAAGACAACGACCGACAAAGUCUGCAAGUACUUUAUCGAUGCUGUCGAGAAUCAGAAAUAUGGUUGGUUUUGGAUUUGUCCAAAUGGCGGCGAUAAAUGCAUGUACAGACACAGCUUGCCACCUGGCUUCGUCCUUAAAACCAAAGAACAAAGAGCCGCUGAAAAAGCUCUCAUGGACAAAUCCCCAUUGAAAACCCUCACUCUCGAAGAUUUCCUCGAGUCCGAACGCCAUAAACUCACAGGCAACCUCACACCAGUCACCCCGGAAACAUUUGCCAAGUGGAAGAAAGAACGUCUGGACAAGAAAGCCGCGGAGGAAGAGGCCCGCAAAGCAAAAGAUGCCAGUGGUCGUGCCAUGUUCGAAAGUGGUGACUGGAACGCUUCCGACAGUGAGGAUGAUGAUGGUGACGCCGGAGAUGACGACUGGAAUGAAUGGAAUAUGGAAUCAUUACGCAAGGAGACAGAGCGGCUACGAGAGCAAUCGGAGGAGGAUCGAAUUGCAAAACUCCACGGAACUACUUCGGCUCUUACGUCCGGUACUGGUUCAGAAGAACGGCCCACCCCAGUUGAUGGAGCUGGAUAA